UUAUUGUUAGCAUGUGAUGUUUAGUCGUGAGCACAACAAAAACAUUCGUUAAUCAUAAUUAAUUUGAAUAUUAACUAAAAAUCAAACAAAAAAUAUUCUAUGCAUAGAAAAUUUAAACGAAGAUCGAUAAAAAUUAUCGAUCAUAUCAGUGAAUUAUAACAAGAUGAUUGGUCAAAGACUAAUUCUUUUUUACUGCUCGUUCACUUGCAUUUAUUUCCCCUGUAUUCUCUUUUUACUCAAUUAUAACAAUACUUUAUAUAAUGUGGGAAAGUACAAAUUUAUUCCAAUUUUAUUGAUAUUAAUGUUUGCAGAAGUGAUAAAGUAUCUAUUUUCAAUUCUCUAUAAUCAACGACAUCAUUUUGAUAAGAUUGAUUCUAAGGCAUUAUUGAAUUCAAAACCAAGAAAAUCAUGGUCUAAAACAUUCAAAGAUAUUCUUCGAUUUUUUAUUAUACUUAUUUCAUUAUGUAUCAUAUAUUAUGGUGCAAUUGUUUUGUUUGGAGCACCAUUAUCUACUCAUCAUGAAGAAACAACAAUGCUCACAAUAGUUUUAAGUACAUUAACAUUUAUUCCACCUUGCUUACAUUUGGGUGUAGAAACAGCAUUAGCGGUUUUAACAGGAGCUCAAUCUGCUAACGGCAAUAUUAUUGUAGAAGCAAUGGGUCGUAAUAUUAACUACACUCUACUGGGUACUUGGCUUGGGGCAAUUGUGAUACCAUUAGAUUGGGAUAGACCCUGGCAAAUAUGGCCAAUUCCUUGUGGUAUUGGUGCUCUUGUUGGAUACAUGGUUGCACAUUAUGUUACUCUUAUAAAGACUUUAUAUAUUGUAAAGCCUUGGCGAACCAGCAAAAAAGUUCAUAGGCAAUUAUGAUGAUUUUUUCAUUGAUUCAUAUUUUAUAGCUUUCAGUAAGAAAGACAUUUUUAAUUAAAUAUGUACAUUAAAUUUACGUAAUUUUUAAAUUCUUCGAUAAUAAAUG